AUGACCACCUGCAGCCGCCAGUUCACCUCCAGCUCCAUGAAGGGCUCCUGUGGCAUCGGCGGUGGCUCCAGCCGCAUGUCCUCCGUCUUGGCCGGAGGGUCCUGCCGGGCCCCCAGUGCCUACGGGGGCAUGUCUGUCACCUCCUCCCGCUUCUCCUCUGGUGGAGCCUGCGGGAUGGGGGGUGGCUAUGGUGGCGGCUUCAGCAGUAGCAGCAGCUUUGGUGGGGCCCUGGGUAGUGGCUUUGGUGGAGGCUUUGGUGGUGGUUUUGGUGGUGGCUUUGGUGGUGGCUUUGGUGGUGGCUUUGGUGGUGGUGAUGGGCUUCUGGUGGGCAGUGAGAAGGUCACCAUGCAGAACCUCAAUGAUCGCCUGGCCUCCUACCUGGACAAGGUGCGUGCCCUGGAGGAGGCCAACACCGACCUGGAGGUGAAGAUCCGUGACUGGUACCAGAGGCAGCGGCCGGCUGAGAUCAAAGACUACAGCUCCUACUUCAAGACCAUUGAGGAGCUGCGGAACAAGAUCCUCACGGCCACUGUGGACAAUGCCAAUGUCCUCCUGCAGAUUGAUAAUGCCCGCUUGGCAGCCGAUGACUUCCGUACCAAGUACGAGACAGAGCUGAACCUACGCAUGAGUGUGGAGGCCGACAUCAACGGACUGCGCAGGGUGCUGGACGAGCUGACCCUGGCCAGAGCUGACCUGGAGAUGCAGAUCGAGAGCCUGAAAGAAGAGCUGGCCUACCUGAGGAAGAACCAUGAGGAGGAGAUGAAUUCUAUGAGAGGCCAGGUGGGCGGAGAUGUCAACGUGGAGAUGGACGCCGCUCCUGGCGUGGACCUGAGCCGCAUCCUGAACGAGAUGCGCGACCAGUACGAGAAGAUGGCGGAGAAGAACCGCAAGGACGCGGAGGACUGGUUCUUUACCAAGACGGAGGAGCUGAACCGUGAGGUGGCCACCAACAGCGAGCUGGUGCAGAGUGGCAAGAGCGAGAUCUCGGAGCUGCGCCGCUCCGUGCAGAACCUGGAAAUCGAGCUGCAGUCUCAGCUCAGCAUGAAAGCAUCCCUGGAGAACAGCCUGGAGGAGACCAAAGGCCGCUACUGCAUGCAGCUGUCCCAGAUCCAGGAGAUGAUUGGAGGGGUGGAGGAGCAGCUGGCACAGCUGCGCUGCGAGAUGGAGCAGCAGAACCAGGAGUACAAGAUCCUGCUGGAUGUGAAGACGCGGCUGGAGCAGGAGAUUGCCACCUACCGCCGCCUGCUGGAGGGCGAGGAUGCCCACCUCUCCUCCUCUCAGUUCUCUUCUGGCUCUCAAUCAUCCAGAGACGUGACCUCCUCCAGCCGACAGAUCCGCACCAAGGUUGUGGACGUGCAUGACGGCAAGGUGGUAUCGUCCCACGAGCAGGUCCUUCGCACCAAGAACUAAGAAUGCUCAGCACAGUUCAGGCCUAGGAACCCCCGCCCUUGGGGACACAGCCCUUGCUGGGGGGUCUCCUUUUGCACCCCAGG